UUUACAGGUUUUGUUCUAAGCCAUUUUUUUUCCAACUUUACCCUUAUAUGCCAGUGUUUGGAAACCCCCUUAAACAUUCGCCGCCCACGGUGAUCUUCCCUUUGUUGCAGCCCAUCUGCAACCGCCGCCAUAAUUCUGUUCCCGCUGCCUGCGACCUUCCACAACUGCAAAUACGCGGAUAAUCCACUGUUGCCCGCAACUCCAUCCGUUGUUGUAUCUCUCGGCGUAAAUCAUCCGCAAUCCCUGCAACUACUUACCGCCAACGGUCACUUGGGGUAAACCAUCCUGCGCAUCGCUUAAGCACAUCACUACAUCCCAGCCUAGCCGCACCAGCCCAUCGCUGCAGAUCAUCUCUGCUGCCCACCGCCAACCUGAACCUGCGAAUCCCUCGACCUGAGCCCCCGUACAAACUUCCAUCGCACUGUUCAUCGACAAACCCUCCGCAACCCCAGCUAACGCUAAUAACUCAUUAGAUCUGUAACAGAAUUGAAGACCUGAAACUGCUCUGCCCUAUCGCACUGAAUCCCCCUUGGUGUUGGUUCCAGCGGUGGUGGUCUUGUAGCGGCGGCGAUGUUGCACGGGAGCGACACUGAUCGCAGAGUCACACAAGCAUGGGAGCUCAUCGAUCGAUUCCGUUGGAUCGUCGGAUUUGAGCGCAACAUCAACCAUUUGGCCGACGCUCACCUGGGCGACCCCUGUAACCCCGUUCCCUGCAACUACCUCUCCCUCGAUUAUUUGAUUAUUUAUUUUCUUUAUAUUUCUGGAUGACUCUUGUCUCUUCUUCAUCUUCUGGUCUACUUUUUUUUGUGCUUUGAAUCUCUGUAUUUAGCAUGUAAAAUGGGAUCAUAUUUUGCAGGAUGAAUGGCUGAUCUGCAGAAUAUUUAACCAAAGCGGGGAGAAGAAACUGCUGUUGCUUCGUUCCAUACAACUGCAUUGCCUCAACGACUUGAAUCUCCCCAUCAAUGUUGAUGGAAUGUCAAUCCCAGUCGAUCCAAAUGAAAAGCCUCCAAAACCCUUGUGUAGGAGACAAUCUCGAACACCUAAAUAGGGCCAUGAAAUAGUAUGCACGAAUCUUUUUCACCCAAUAACGAAAACCUAUCACAUUCAAUCUUUUCAAUGCGGGCAAGAAUGGGAUGGUGAGAUUAAUCGUCAUCGAGUUCAAGGGUCCUUGAGUUCGGGAGUUUGCAGACUUGCAGGGGGUUGAGGCGGUGGUGGUGGUGGUGGUGGUGGUCGAGGUCGGCGUCGGCGUCGGAAUCGGCGUCGGAAGUGGUAUUGGAGUUGAAGGUAGAAAGGAUGGGAGUGGGGUUGAGAAGGGUAAACUUGGAAAUUUGUUAAUUUUGGAGCAGGACUAACCCAGCAAGGCACCCAAACAUCACUACUCAAAAUUUAAGGUCUCCAAAUGUACUUUUUGCAAACUUAGGGUACCUCAGGUGUAAUUUACCAUCUGCCGAUGAAUUUCGAAAUCUUCGUGGGUUAUGGCGUCCGUUCGACGACUACUUUUCGUGUAGAUUGGCAUUUAUUGUUUACGCACUCGAGUCCGACCUGCCGAAUUCUUCGCGGCAACUAGAGAGAGAGAUCGCGGCAACUAGAGAGAGAGAGAGAGAGAUCAAAACUGCGACAUAUCAAUGUCUAGAGUCUAGACUCAAUAGUCCACAACAUUGAAUAACGGUCUUGCAGGAGAGUCUGGAGAAGGCAAAAUGGGAGCAGCUGAUGGGAUCUUGGGAAGCAGAGGUGUUAAAGAAGGCAAAACAGUUUCAUUGAGGCGAUUGUUGUUGAAGAGAAAAGAGAGAUGGCUUGUAGUUCUGGGUGUUGUACUCCACGCAGUGUACAUGCUUGGCAUCUUCGACAUUUACUUUAAGACACCCAUUGUCCACGGCAUGGAUCUUGUUAACCCUCGAUUCAAACCCCCCGCCAAGCGUCUGGUUCUCAUCGUUGCCGAUGGUUUACGUGCGGACAAGUUCUUCGAACCGGAUUCUGAAGGACAAUUCAGAGCGCCUUUUCUUAGGAGUGUGAUUAAAGGUCUAGGUUGUUGGGGAGUAUCUCAUGCUCGCCCUCCAACAGAAUCAAGGCCUGGUCAUGUUGCUAUUAUUGCUGGCUUCUAUGAGGAUCCUAGUGCAGUUACCAAAGGCUGGAAAGCAAAUCCUGUUGAAUUUGACUCAGUAUUUAACAGGAGCCAACAUACAUUCGCUUUUGGUAGUCCAGACAUUAUUCCAAUCUUCUGCAGUGCUUUGCCACACAGCAGCUGGAAUACGUAUCCUCAUGAAUUUGAAGACUUUGCAACAGAUGCAUCCUUUUUGGAUGAGUGGUCAUUUGAACAGCUCCGUAGCCUUCUGAAUAGGUCAAAGGAUGAUCCUGAAUUAAACCGGUUGCUUCUACUGGAUAAUGUGGUUAUAUUUCUGCACCUACUUGGUUGUGAUUCAAAUGGUCAUGCGCAUCGGCCAUAUUCAUCAAUCUAUCUCAAUAAUGUCAAGGUUGUUGAUCAUAUAGCAGAGAGAGUUUAUAAUCUUCUAGAAGAUUUUUUCAAGGACAAUCAGACAGCAUAUAUUUUUACAGCAGAUCAUGGAAUGAGUGACAAAGGUAGUCAUGGAGAUGGGCAUCCUACAAACACUGACACUCCACUUGUAGCUUGGGGAGCAGGAGUUAAGCGUCCCAAACAGAUGGUCCACAACAGUCAUCCUAAUGAUGGUUUUCGUUUUGUUGAUGAGCAUAUGCAUGACACACCGACACCUACAGAGUGGGGUCUCAGUGGCUUAGAAAGGGUGGAUGUGAACCAAGCUGAUAUUGCACCACUAAUGUCGACUCUUCUUGGGUUGCCAUGUCCUGUUAACUCAGUUGGUAAUUUGCCCCUGGAUUACAUGAAUUUGAGUGAGGUAGAUGAAGUUGAAGCUACGCUGGCUAACACAAAGCAAGUUCUGAAUCAAUUCCUUCGCAAGUCACAUAUAAAGCAAUCACAUUCAUUAUAUUUCAAGCCUUUCAAGCCGUUGGAAAAUUAUUCCUCUGUUUUAGAACGGAUUGAAGAUCUUAUAUCUAGUAGGGAUUAUGAAAGUGCAAUGAAGCUAUCCCAGAAUCUCAGAAGUUUAUCAGUGGAAGGACUUCAUUAUUUUCAAACAUACGACUGGUUGAUGCUGAUGACUAUGGUUACACUUGGAUACAUUGGUUGGAUGGCCUAUCUUAUUCUCCAUGUUCUGCAAUCAUAUACUUCUCUGCCAGGAAGCAUAUAUAGGAAAAAGACUGAAACAGUUAAUCAGAUGAAAAAUAAUACAAGAGUAUAUUUAUACGGAUAUCUGUUGAUGGGUAUAAUUUCCAUUGUACUGUUUCUGGAGCAUUCGCCUCCUCUUUACCAUGCGUAUGUUGCAAUGACUGUAUUCUUGUGGACUAAAAUACUUAGUGAAAGGCAGUUUCUAAGAGCAGUGUGGAGACAUUUAUCAGGCAGCAAAUUUAGUUCGACUGUAAAACUCUUAGCCACUUCUGCUGUGUCCAUAUCCAUACUUGAAUUUCUGGUGCAUAGCUUCACUGAAAGGAAACUUUACACUUGGUGUUUCCUGAUUUUUGGGGUGGUUUCUGUAGUUUAUCUUUUUCACUCUUUACCAGGGAGAUCUAUGAUACCUCUAUUUGCAUGGAUUGCUUGUUGGUUUUUGUCAAUUUUCACUCUUAUGCCAGCAGAAAUUCCUGAUAACACUCAGUUGGUAACUGCUAGUGGAGUUAUGUUUAUCCUGAUGGGGGUGGCAUCUAGAUGGUUUGAUUUCGGUACCCAAAAAAAUAAAUAUUGGCUACGCAUUCUUUGUUGUGACAAAAAAAAUGUUGGGUUUCCAAUGGUCUUUCACUUGCAGGCUUUCCUUGUUGCUUUGUCUUCGGUGAUGGUGGCAUUAUCCACUGCCCACAGAACUGAGAAUCAAGAACUACAUACACUGCACCAGUUGAUAAACUGGUCCAUAGCUGGUUUUUCUUUGGUUCUCCCUCUUUUCUCGUCAACUGGCCUUGUGGACCGACUUACUUCUAUCUUUCUUGGUUUUGCACCUUCUUUUCUACUUCUAUCAAUUGGAUACGAAGCUGUUUUCUAUGCUGCACUGGGUCUUGUGCUUAUGGCAUGGAUAUUGUUUGAGUGUGCAGUUCUCUAUUUGAGCAAAGAAAAACUACACUCUACUUCAUUGCAAAGUGCGGAGGAUAAAUCCUUUCUUAAUCAUGAUGAAAGAUGUUUAAUGCUGUCCGAUUUGAGAAUUCCAUUGAUCUUUAUGGUCUUGUUUAAUGUGGCCUUUUUCGGUACGGGUAACUUUGCUAGUAUUGCAAGCUUUGAGAUUUCAUCUGUUUAUCGGUUCAUCACAGUCUUCAGUCCAUUUCUGAUGGCAGCCCUGCUUAUUUUCAAGUUGUUCAUCCCCUUCAUGCUUGUGAUAUGUACAUUUAGUGCAAUAACCAAGUUAGCAAGAGUUCCACGUAUGGGGUGCUAUUUCCUUGUUAUUUUAUUUUCGGAUGUAAUGACCAUUCAUUUCUUCUUCAAGGUACGAAAUACGGGAAGUUGGAUGGAAAUAGGUAACAGCAUCAGUCAUUUUGGCAUCGUGAGUGCCCAAGUUGUGUUUGUGCUGCUUCUGUUUGCGCUCACAAAUAUAUACACAAAAGAUAUUGAAAUUGGAUCACGGGAGACAUCUCGGAAAGCAAUGUAGUCCAUGUGAACCUGGGAUUUUGACAUUUAUUUCAAUGAGCAAAUAUUUCUAUGUACAGCGGCUCUUUGCAAUUCUUACUAGAACGUACACUAUUUUUUAAGCAAUUGUAGGGGGGUGAUUGUUUUUGGAAUCUUUAGUGCCUCUAUUUUUACCAGGAUAUGUUUUCCAAUAUAAACAUUUUACUUUGUAGGGGUGAAUUUUUUUGGACUGAUUGGUGCCCCUCUUUCGGCCAGGAUGUUUUCCAAUGUAUAAAAAUUGAUUUUCAUUUGUA